CUUCAGAGAGCCAACACAAAGAUGGUGGACUCUCCUAAAAACACAAAAGAAAACUGUAUUUCCAGUCAGUGUGACUCUCCUACUGUUGAGCAGCUGGAGGAAAUACUACAUGGAGGUCAGUUAUCAUGUAACCAUGUUGAUGAAGUGUGGCCCAGUCUGUUUCUGGGAGACAUGUACAUGUCUCAUGACAGAUAUGGACUUUGGAGACUUGGUAUUACUCAUGUUCUAAAUGCUGCUCAUGGGAAAAUGUGUUGCAAAGGUAGUGAUGAUUUCUAUGGUACCACAGUGCAAUACUAUGGUGUAGCAGCUAAUGACCUACCUACGUUUGAUAUUUCACCUUUCUUCUACCCUUCUGCACAGUAUAUUCAUCAGGCUCUCUGCACUCAUGGAGCAAAAGUCUUUGUGCACUGUGCUGUUGGUGUAAGCCGUUCUGCUGCCCUGGUCUUGGCUUAUUUAAUGAUUUAUCGCAACUACACAUUAGUGGAUGCAAUCCUGAAAGUCAAAGAGAAGAGGUGGAUUUUUCCAAAUCGAGGAUUUCUCAAGCAUCUUAUAAAUCUGGAUUCUGAACUAAAGAGUAAAUCUCAAAGCGAGUGUCCUGUGCAUGGCGAAAUCUAGCAAUGGAUGUAUUAGUAUGUGUAAAACAAAGACUAUGCAAGGACGCUUGAAAAGGCAAAUGACAGCAUGUUGAAUGACUAUUUUCUUUUUGCCAAAAUUCAGUAUAUUAACCCUACUGAUCAGCUGUAGGAUGAACUGCAAUACAGACGGCACCCCAGACCUCUUCACCUGACAUCAGUGCCUAAUGCUCUUGUUGCUAAAUGAACAGGUCUGCUCCAAAAUCUAGUCGAAAGCUUUCCUAAAAGAAUGGAGGUAAUUAUAAAAGCAAAAAGGGGGAACUAUACCUGGAAUGGGGUGUUCAGUGAGAACAUAUGGGUGUGACAAUGUGUCCACAAACUUAAAUGUAAAUAUAUUAGAUAUAAUAUAAAAUCUGAGAUCAGUGGUUUUAUCUGUACAUCUAACAUUUAUAUAUUUGUGUAUUUAUUACAUUAUUUACAUUGUAAAAUAAAAGUGUAUUUAUUGCCUUGUUUACCUCCUUAAUAAAAUGUUGAUGCAGAACUGCCUAUUGCCAACAGGGGGCAGCAGCCUGCAGGAGGAAGGCCAUUCUCAUCUCCGGUCAUUUCUGUAAAUAAACAAAUAAACGUAAAUAAACGUA